ACUCAGGAAGUCAACAGGGGGGACCUGUUUACGAGACAUGGACAAUAUCCAGAUGGUCGUGAUCAUGGACAUAGAAUCCUUCCAGGAGUAUAUUGACAUGAGGAAAGACAUUGAGACAUUAAUAGCUGAGGAAAGAGCUGACAUCAUUUUGAAAUAUGCUACGGGCAGACGGGGUGAGGUCGAUAUUGACCCCUGGAAAGAUGCUGACUACAACCUCUAUAAAGUUAUCGAUCGCCUCGGCUUUAUGCAUGAAGAUGAGCUCCCUGUACCAACUACAAAUGAAGAAAAGCUGAAGCAACUAGAGUUAGAGCGAUCAAAGAAAUGGCUGAAGAUGAUCAAAAAGUGGGAUAAAUACAAAACCAGUGACAGGAUGGUGAAACGUGUGUACAAAGGCAUCCCUAUCCAGCUUCGAGGUCGCGUCUGGUCUCUGAUGUUGGAUGUGGAGAAAAUGAAAAAAGACAAUAAGGGAAAAUAUGAGGAAAUGAAGGAGCAAGCCAAACUGUACUCAUCGGAGAUCAAACAGAUUGACCUUGACAUCAACAGGACCUUCCGCAAUCAUAUCAUGUUCAUGGAUCGUUUUGGUGUCAAACAGCAGUCUCUCUUCAAUAUUCUGUCAGCAUAUUCUGCCUACAACACAGAAGUGAGUUAUUGCCAAGGCAUGAGUCAGAUUGCCGCACUACUACUCAUGUACAUGAACGAGGAAGAUGCCUUCUGGGCUCUGACACAGCUGCUGAGCAACCCAAAACACGCCAUGCAUGGAUUUUUUGUUCCUGGAUUCCCCAAGCUUCAGCGAUUCCAGGCACAUCAUGAUCAGAUCAUUUCCAAACUGAUUCCCAAACUAAAGAAACAUAUGGAUAAGGAACAGAUGUCUGCAGGCAUUUACAGCACUAAAUGGUUCUUGCAAUGCUUCAUUGACAGGACACCGUUUACUUUGACCCUUCGCCUUUGGGAUGUUUUCAUCCUGGAGGGAGAGAGGCUCCUCAUUGCCAUGUCUUACGCCAUCUUGAAGAUACAUAAAAAGCGUCUCUUGAAGAUGUCAUUAGAGGAGCUCCGAGAGUUCCUGCUGGAGCGACUUGCUCAAACCUUUUUUUACAGUGAUGACGUAGUCAUUGAACAGCUGCAGGCCUCGAUGACUGAAUUACGGAAGAUGAAGCUAGAUAUUCCUCCUCCAGGGAAGCCUGAAGAGUUGCCACGUAAGCCUUUGGGCCAGGAGCUGUCAGUGCUGCUGAGUCCACUGGAGGCCUCAGCCAGUGGUUAUCCCAAAGCAGGACUCACCAUCCACAUCAUAUCCAACCAACCAGAUUCAAUAUCUCCAGACCAGAGCCCCUCCAAAGACAUCAAUGAGCUACAUCCUGUUGAUGAUAACAAGGUCCCUCUUUCUUCCCCAGACCCCAUUGUUAUCCAUAGUCAGGCCCUGUAUACCUCAGAUGACUUCCCACUUACUGGCCCACCACCUUAUGAGCCCCCUAUAUGCCAGGCACCCAGAACUGCUGAUUGCCUCUCUAAGUCUUAUGAGUGGAGGGUCCAGGUGCAAACUGUUUACUCAGGACUCCCAGAUGUCCACUCGAACAACAAUCUCACUCCUGCGACUGUAAGCACUGACGGAUCCUCCAGCAGGGUCCUGAGGACUCAAUCGGAUUCUCUGUCCUCCAAUAGGACUCUGAACCAGGAUCAGCCUUGAACACUUGAUUCCCUUUUGUCUGACACCAAUUCAUUAUUGGUACUCUCCAUGUACUGUGCAUAAAAUUUUAACUGCUUUGUA